AACCACAGACAGCGACAAUUACAAACAGCAAACAGGCCGUUGAAUAUAUAAAAUAGUGAAAAAAAAACAAAUAUUGCACUUAUUCAAACAGUAGAAUUGUGGACAGGACAGUAGACCUCUUUAUUUUCUGAACCAAUUAAUGGUCUAAUUGGCCAUGGUUACAAUAAAAUGGUUGUCAAAUGGUGUAACCUCCUUCCAAGCCAAGGUUUGUAUGUUUCUUUGUUAAAAGGAGGUAGCGAGCAGGGGCUAUAUCCCCUUUGGCAUUUUCUGAAACUCCUGUAUCUCCUUUGUGAUAAUCAGAAUCUCCAAAACUGAUACUAUAGCUUCAUCUUAUCUUCCAGUCAUGUACGGGUAUGUGUGUGAUUGUAUGUGUGUAAUUCUAGAUUGCAAGCUUGAGGAAUGGGACCAAAAUUUGGGUUGCAAUUAGGUGUAGCUGAAUUGUUGGUUUCUUGUUUAUAUUUGAAUGUUUUUGAUUAAGAUUAAUUUUGGGAUAACUUGAAAAACAUUUUCACAUUUGUCGAACUGACAUGGCCAAACCCAUUUAGCCAAUCUUGGGCAAUGCGCACUUUCAGUCCGAGACAUAGUCAUGGUUGUUUGCUGUAUUGCCGCACAGGUCAGACAUGAGUACAAUGAGAUUGUAAACGUGGUAAACGCACACGAAAUAAAUCUAAUUUUUCAAAGCGGGCACUAUUCAAUAAAUUCCCAAUUUUAAAUAAGUAUGUCUAGUCACUCAUUGGACACUUUUUAGGUACUGGACGCUUUCACACCAACAGCAUCCAGUGUGUUUUUUUCUGAAGACAAACAAACCAAUUUCUGAACGAUUGUAUUUUACUUCAAUCGUUGUAGCGGUAUAUUAGCUGAUGAAGUGACCCGUGUAUGGGAAACGUUUAAGUAGCCACGGUCACUGAUGAUUGGCCACCAAGGGAGGUGACAAUAUAAGACGGUGAUAAAUGUGAGGCUCCCCCAAAGCAGAAGACAUACUCUGUUGCUCCCACCCACAGAAAUUUACAGAAGUUAAAAACAGUCAGUCUUUGCUUAUUUUCUUCUUGUAUUUUCUUCUUCUGAAGGCCUCUUGGACUGGUUCACCUCACAAGAGCAAACUAUACAAUACGAAAGACAGAGGGACAUGUUUUGGUUAUCGUUAAAUGAGAGGAAAUUUUGAAACAUUGUGCAAUGGUGCUGCAAAGGUUUUGAAAGGUUGUGAGAGCUUUUGGUCUGCAAGGUUUCUUUGAGCCCACUCGUUGGAGAAAAAGCCCCAAUGUUGCAUCCCUACAGAAUGGAAAGUUACCUCAUUGCACCUUCCUCAGAAGAUAUGUAUGAUCCAGAGAUCUACAGACAAAUUCCAGAAUAUUAUAGUCCAUAUGUUCUGGAUACAGAGAUACAGGCAGAUCACUGGGAUUAUCACCCUCACACUCACGUACACCCUGUUGAGUUUGAAAACCUUCAAGAGACAAACUUCACAGAGUUGCAGAGUGUGCAAUCUCUGCACCCGCCCGGUCUAAUCCGACAUGACGUCAUGCGCUACGAUGCAGAAAAUCUCCUGGAUCCAAACCUUGGGGCGCAUUCUCAUAUGUUACAGCAACCAGUAACAUUCUUCCCACGGACUGUGUACCCGACACACAUGUCCCAGCACAGCACUGAUGAUGAAGAGCAUGGACGUCAAAGUCCCCCCUUAGAGGUGUCUGAUGAGGAGUCUCUUCGAGAUCAAGUUCCUUAUGUCAUACCUGGAGAGAUGGGCAACAAAAAGAAGAUUCGUUUGUAUCAGUUCCUGUUGGAUCUUUUACGAAACGGCGAUAUGAAGGACAGUGUCUGGUGGGUGGACAGAGAGAAAGGAAUGUUCCAGUUUUCAUCCAAACACAAGGAGGCUCUCGCACACCGCUGGGGAAUCCAAAAGGGCAACCGCAAAAAAAUGACCUAUCAAAAGAUGGCGCGGGCUUUGCGCAACUACGGCAAAACUGGAGAGGUAAAAAAGAUCAAGAAGAAACUGACAUACCAGUUCAGUGAUGAGGUCCUUGGGAAGAGUCAUUUGGAAAGAAAGCCAUACAUGUAGGCAGAAGACAGAAUUAUGCUAAAUAAAUGUUACAAUUUGACCUAUGGUUCCUGGUGUAACUGCUCACUCGAUGUUAACAGUCCUUGUAAAUAGUAAACGCAUCAUGAAAGCUGUUCGGGGAGGACAUGCUGGGUUAAACUGUGAAUAUAUUAUUUCUCACAGCAUAGAAAUACAGUGUAAAGAUUAGUUAAUCCAGAGGCCAUCCAUGUCUCCUGCUUUUGCGAUUCAGAGACAUGGGAAAGUCGGAGCUAGUUAUUUGUGUGUACAGCAAAGUAUCCUUGUGGAAAGAAGGCCGAUCCUAUAUAUGAAAAAUGUAACCUGUUAUUUAAAGACAAUAGAUUAAGGGACUGAUUCACCAAAACAUUUGUUCAAAGGGCGAUUUUUGUAUAAUACUAUAAAACUGUAGAAUCACUGAAAAUGCAAUAAACAUUUAUUUCAUGACACAA